GCCUACAGCUACGGCAGCUUGAUGCGCGCAGCCGCGGGCAAGGGCGACGGGGCAACAGCUCUGGCCCUUCUGGAAGAGAUGCAGACAGAAGGCAUUGCUGCCAAUGCAGUGGUCUGCAGUGCUGCCGUUACAGCUCUGGUUCGCAGCGGCGACUGGCAUCGAGCACUGGAGCUCUUUCAGGCAACGCGGGAACGUGGUGAAGUGGUGGAUGCAGCGCUGCUGACAGCCGCUCUGGCUGCCUGUGGAGCUGGUGGGCGAUGGGAGGAGGCACUGCAGCUUCUCAAAGAUGUACCCGAGAAGCAAUGUGCGGACGUUCAAACCUGGAAUGCUGCGAUCGCAGCGUGCGCAAGCGCCGGCAGAUGGGAAGAGGCAUUGUGGCUUCUUGAGGAGGAGAUGAACGCAGAGCCUGAUCUCUACAGCUAUAACUCCGCAAUAACGGCAUGCGAAGAUCGACACUGGGAGAGGGCGCUGCACCUGGUAAUGUGCCGCAUGGGGGAGCGCCAGCUGCAGCCAGAUUCUGUGAGCUUCACCGCGGCCAUUUGCACAGCUCGGGAGGAGCAUGACAUCGCGCUCAGCCUGUUGCACGAGAUGUUCAUCCGGGGGGUGCCUCGUACCGCUCGGACCUAUGCGGCGCUCAUUGCCACGGCGGGACAGCACUGGGCGCAGGCGUUGGCACUGUUCAAGUACUCCAAUCAGGAGGGCAUUGAAGCCACGACGCAACUCUGUGGCUCCACCUUGCGAGCGUGCGCGGCCGGGCGCCAGUGGGCUUUGGCUGUAGGCCUCCUGGAAGAGAUGCAAGGACAAAACGUGGCAGUCAACAACGAAGCCUGCCAUGCUGCCAUCAGUUCUUGCAUCGUUGCGUGGAACAAUGAGGACCCGGGACACUGGCGUGAGGCCCUGGCCAUGGCCGGGGCGCUGCGCCGUGAAGCACUGCAGCCAGAUACCGCCACAUAUGUGGCUCUGAUAUCUGCUUGCUCCAGCUGCAGCAGGUGGCAAGAAGCGCUGGCCAUCCACACCGAAGCGCACCUAGAAGCCACGUCGGAGGUCCAGACUAUGUGCACCAAUGCUCUGAUCACUGCUUUCGGGCGUGGUACAGAAUGGAGGAGUGCGUUGGAGGCUUUCGAGGCUGCAACCCUGCGCGAGAGGCCGACGGUUGUCACGUGCAACGCUCUCAUCUCUGCCUUUGCAGAGGGCUCUCAAUGGCCCAUGGCGCUGCAGGUGCUUCGCAGCUUGCCCGAGCGAUCUUUAACACCCACCGUCGUCACCAUGAAUGCGGCCCUUCAUGCCCUCGCUGGAGGCAGUCACUACGCAGCCGCCCGAACGCUGCUAGGACGAAUGCCGGCAUGUCAACUCCAGCCAGACUGUUGGAGCUUCACCGCCGUGAUGACUGCCUGUACCAAAGCGACAUGUUGGGAGGCAACUUGUGAGCUGCUGACGGAGAUGAUGAGGAAACAGAUUAACCCAGAUAUCUACAGCAUCAACAACAUGAUGUCAGCGUUGGCUGCCUCGCCGAGAUGGGAGGAGGCAUUGGUCCUACUCAAAAAUAUGCCGCGACUAGAGCUGGCUCCAGAUGUGCUGAGCUACGGUGCCGUUUUGGCGGCACGCAUGCAGGCUGCAGUCGGUGAGGCGAACCUGGCAGUGCUGCGAGGUUACUUCGGCAUAAAGCCUCAGCCGUGCAGCAUAUCGGAGAAAGCAUCUGAGGUGCCGCCCCUGGGCUCGCACCCGGAAAGCGUGACGAGGAGAUCUGCCUCCCAGACACACCAGCAGAUGCUUACCGCGAGUCCGAGGCCAUCUCGCGACCUUCGCGAGGGAUCUUGGAGGCUGCCGCUGGCCGUGCAGAAGCUGCGGGACCAGGAGCAAAUGACUGACUGCCGGCUCGACGGUUCGAGUGCAAGGUCUCACAGCAAGUGGAUCAUGGCGUCACGCUUGCUAACCCGACUGAGCAUCAUGUCGGCAGAACAGGAUGUGCUGCCGGAGCCGCAAGGCUCAAUGGCGAGAAAGGUGCCCGAUGCCUACACGAUGCACUGGAACGUUCGACUUCGAAGUGGGGAAGUGAAGGCCAUACGCCCCGAGAAUCUGGAGGAGGUCGCUGGGGGCUAUGGUUCACAGAAGGCGCCAGCAAGCACGGCUGAGUCUCUUCAGGACGACCCGCCUUUGUUGGAGAUAUGGAGCCGACACCGCGACGACUCGGAGCGAGCCAAGGCAGCCAAGAAGCUUCUCGGGGGCAUCGACGCGCCACUGCAGAAGCUGGACCUCACGGUCCCUCCCGAGCUUCUGGAGCAGGCAAAGCGGAGCCGUGCAGAUGAUGCUGCUGAUGUCGAUCCCGACUCACGUCUGCUGGCAUCGGUUCAAGAUGAGCGGAUAGCCUUGGACGACUUGGAUUCCGACCUUCAGCUCCGAGCUACUGGCGUCACCACUCGGCGCCCUGUGUCAAGGCGGGACUGA